UCCAACUCGGUGAUUGUGUUGGAUAGCAAUCGCCACGAGAAGUGGUCUAAUGUAUAUUCCAACCCCUUAUCCUAUGCUGAGAUAUGUCUUCUUGCAUUUCCUGCUCCAUGCUUUUGUGUGUCUCUUGUAGCUUCUGGCAUCCACCUGCAAACUGAGAUUCUCCACAUCUGCUGAACAGACAGAUAGGGGAUCCCUGUGUGCUGAGCAUGGAUGCCAUAGACUGGCCACCAUCCGUUGCAGAGAGCAGUCCUCUGUUUUAUAUGCAACUGCCAGGGAUUGGGAGUCCUAGUGUGAUUAAAGGACUUACAAUAUUUCUCUAGUGUCUGCUAAGAUGCUAAUCUACACAUGCUCUGAGAAAUUAUGCAUAUAUAGAACCAAGAAAUGCAAUCCAAUUUAUCAGCUUUUUAUCCUGCUGGUCCUCAAAGGAGCUCAAGCUGGCGCACACCUCUCCUCCAGCUCCCCUGCAUUUUUAUCCUCACAGCAACCCUUUGAGGUAGUUUAGGCGGAGGGUGUGUGACUGGCCCAAGGUGGACUUCAUUGAACCCAGGAUCCCUGGUCCUAGUCUAACCUAACAUGGCUCUGGUAUCAGCUGAUUCCCGCAUCGCUGAGCUCCUGGGGGAGUUGCACCAGCUUAUCAAACAGACACAGGAGGAACGAUCGAGAAGUGAACACAACCUAGUCAACAUCCAGAAAACGCACGAGAGAAUGCAGACAGAAAACAAGAUUUCUCCAUAUUAUCGGACCAAAUUACGUGGCCUCUACACAACAGCCAAGGCUGAUGCGGAAGCAGAAUGCAACAUCCUGCGCAAGGACUUGGACAAGAUUGCAGAAAUUAAGUCUCUCCUGGAAGAACGCCGCAUAGCUGCCAAGAUUGCCGGCCUCUACAACGACUCGGAGCCGCCACGCAAAACCAUGCGCCGCGGUGUGCUGAUGACGCUCCUUCAGCAGUCGGCCAUGACUCUCCCCUUGUGGAUUGGGAAACCUGGAGAGAAGCCUCCCCCUCUCUGUGGCGCAAUCCCUGCCUCUAGCGACUACGUGGCCAAGCCAGGCGACAAAGUGGCUGCUCGUGUCAAGACGGUCGAUGGAGACGAGCAGUGGAUCUUGGCUGAGGCCGUGAGCUACAACCAUGCCACCAACAAGUAUGAGGUGGAUGACAUUGACGAAGAAGGGAAAGAGCGUCACACCUUGAGCCGCCGCCGCAUCAUCCCCCUGCCCCAGUGGAAGGCCAACCCUGAAACAGACCCUGAGGCCUUGUUCCAGAAAGAUCAGCUGGUCCUGGCCUUGUACCCACAAACUACCUGUUUCUACAGAGCACUUAUCCACACUCCUCCACAGCGGCCGCAGGACGAUUACUCUGUGCUGUUUGAAGACACCAGCUAUGCAGACGGCUACUCUCCGCCCCUCAACGUGGCUCAGCGCUAUGUAGUGGCUUGCAAAGAAACCAAGAAGAAGUGACAGCGCCCUCUAGUGGAUGCUGGUGGCAUGGCAUGGCGAGGGACCAGAUCUCUCAAAUGGACUGUUACAAUUGCAGAGUUAAUAAAGCAGAAAUUUGAUAGGCGCAGGAGACAGGUUUCUUAAUCCAGAGUAGUAUAGAUCCCAUGUCCCUUAACCGCAACAGCACACUGGAAAGGGAUAGAAAUGUUUUACGUGAAUUUUGUACUUGUGGGAAUUAAGGAAGAGCGUUUGACUUGUGGGCAAGAUUGGGCUUCAGACCAAAUGGAUCCAAGGCGUUGGAUAUUGAGCAGGGAGAUCCCCAGCCAUUAAAUCUCAUUGGGUGGCCUUGGGCAACUCAGCAUCUCAGCCUGGCCAAUAAUAAUAAUAAUAAUAAUAAUAAUAAUAAUAAUAAUAAUAAUUUUAUUAUUUAUACCCCACCCAUCUGGCUAGGUUUCCCCAGCCACUCUGGGCGGUUCUAUGGGUGUUGGGAAACACAAAAAGAGAGGGUGAGGAAAGAGCCAUGUGUGCUGCCCCAAAUAAAAAUGCCAUUUACAAAAUGGUGGCCUUGCCAGCCCAACAACACCAGUGUGGCUGGCUCUGGAUUCAGAGUUUAGGAUUGUGAGGGUUUUCUCUUCAUGGGGAGUGGGAUAUUAACAUUUUCAGGCCUGAUGUCUUUACCAGCUUAAAAUGCACCCAAGCCAUUCUUGAUUUGGAUCAAAACUGGUCUGGUGGGAAGCUCAUCAAAAUUUAGCAAUUAAUAAAGAACAGCAGGAUAGUUG